AUGUUCUAACUAUCAAAGUUCUCAAAAUCUAAUCCAACAGUCAGAUAUAUUGUUAAGAAAGAUAUUUUAUUUUAUGAAGAAGAAAUAGAAACACCUCCUCUAUAUGAAAAUCAAACAUUUAUUUAUCAGUUUACCAAAGUGGGUAAUUAUGUGAUACAAUGCCUGAAUUCAAUCCCAUUUAAAGCGUAAAUUUCAGUAAUACAAAAUGAAAUGGAGAUAUCUGCUCUCUAAAAGAUGCAACAAACCAAAAAUAUUGAAUAAAAACCUGUAAAACUAUAACCAAAAGUUGAUUUAUAUGCCCCAGAGAACAGAAAACUCAAAAUGUUAGGUAGUCAAGAAACGAGCAUGGCAUCCACAACAAUUCUAGAGCAGAUUAAAGAAAAAUGUUUAGGAGAAGAUACAAAUAUCGAUAUAGUUGAUUUGAUAAUGAAUAAUAAAUCCAACAGCAACAAUGAAACAGUGUCCACUUUUAACAGUUCUUUCUAGUAACCGUAAAAUAUAGUCAAAAUCAAGACGGAGACUUAUUCCGAUUCAGGCAAAUCAGAAUUUAAUACCAUUUUAGACAGGAAAAGUUCAGAUCCUAUAGUUAGUACAGCUAAGGUUUCAGAUAGGAUCACAUUAACUAGAACAAAGUAAUAGUAAUUGAGUGUUUUUGAUAAAAUUCAAUUUGCAAUCCUAGAUUCAAAGCAUAUUGAGAUUGAUGUUCAAAGUAAGCAACCAGAUUUCAAGAAAACUUAUACGAAAGGAUUGAGCAUUAUGAACUAUUUGGAGAUUGAAUAUUGUAUGGGCAUCUCGAAUAAAACUAAUGUAAUUAAUGAAAUACAAAAUUGA